GGAUUCACAGGACCUCUCUGCAAGGAAUUCACUGACCCUUGUUGGGCAUUUCAGUGCCUUAAUGGAGGCAGUUGCCACGGAACAGAAUCCGGUCCGCUUUGUACCUGUUCACCUGGAUGGACCGGCCGGACGUGCGAGGCAGAGGUGAAUGCUUGCCAUUCCAGCCCGUGCCACCAGAGGGCUACUUGCUUGAGCCGCCAGGGAUCCUUCCAGUGCCUCUGCCCCAGCGGCUACGGGCAGCGUGCGAUGCAGACGCGGACGAAUGCUCUUCGAGCCCCUGUUUGAAUUCUGGAACUUGUCUUAACAGCCCUGGAAGUUUUCAUUGCAUCUGCCCCAGAGGUUAUUCAGGAUCCAAAUGCCAGGUUACUCUGGACCUUUGCUCAGGCUAUGCCUGCAAGAACGGAGGCCAAUGCAGAGUGAAAGAGUCUGCGCCCCACUGCCUCUGCCCUCCAGGAUGGGGUGGCCCCCGAUGCCAACACAGGACCAAGCAGAACAGAGACAACUGCACGGAGCAGAGCGGAGAAGGUGGUUGCCAGGUAAAACGUCUUAAUCCUAAGAUCAGGUCUACAGUGGAACCGAGAGACAAGGGAAACAGGCUCCCCUUUGCUGGACGUGUCGUCGGAGAAACUGACCAGGCUUCUUGCCCGCCAACACAAAAUUGUCUCAAUGGAGGAACCUGUACCAAGACGGCAGACGGUUUUCGAUGCUUGUGUCCGCCAGGAACAAAAGGACCCAAUUGUCACCUGGAUCCCUGCUCUCUAGCCAGCCCUCCCUGCUACUAUGGUGGGACCUGUGUGGCUCAGCCUGAGGGGUUUUUGUGCAUCUGCCCCCCUGGAUAUGUGGGAGAAAGGUGUCAGGGGGUGGUGGAUGCCUGCUUCUCCCAGCCUUGCCACCGGCCGGGGUCCCAGAGCUGCCAAUCUGAUGAACAUGGUUUCCACUGUCUCUGCAACCCUGGAUAUUCAGGACUUCUGUGUGAAUCAAUGAUUGACAGUUGCCAGUCAAAUCCUUGCCGUAAUGGUGGAAGCUGUAGCGUGCUGCCCAAGAACCCUCUUGAAUUCACCUGCCAUUGUCCACAGGGUUAUGAUGGAUCGACUUGUGACCUGCCCGCCCCAUCUUGUGGGUCCUCCUACUGCCACAAUGGAGGGGUCUGCAUUGCCCACCCAUCUGGACCUCGAUGUCUCUGCAUGGAAGGCUUCUCUGGGCCAGACUGCCACCGGCCUCCAUGUUCCGCAGCAUCCUGCCCUGCUGCCAAUGCCACCUCGCUCUCCAGGUGCCCGUCCUUAGCAGGAGAUGCCCACUGUGACCGGAUCUGCAGCUCUCCAGAGACCAGCUGGGAUGGGGGAGACUGUGCGCUGGGGUUGCUCGAUCCUUGGAAGAACUGCCCGAAGCGAGACCUGUGCCAGCGGGUUUUCCGAGAUGGCCACUGCGAGUCCCAUUGUGACAACGAGGAGUGCCUGUACGAUGGAUUUGACUGCGUUCCACAGAAGGAGUGCAACCCUUCCUACACGCGAUACUGUCGGGACCGCUUCUCAGAUGGACACUGCGACAGGGGCUGCCACUCGGCAUCCUGUGGCUGGGAUGGUGGGGACUGCGCCUCUUCUGUCCCACCAGCGGAAUCCACGUUGGCGCUGGUGGUCCUGCUACCCCGGGAGAGCGUGCCGGAGCUCCUGCGUUCCCUGGUCACCGCCACACGGGCAGAGCUAAGGAUUCAACGGGAUCGUCAGCACCGCGAGCGGAUUUACCCUUACACGGGGAAGGAAGAGCUGGGGAGCCAGAGCAACUGGACGGGGAUUCGGACAAAAGAUUUGGCAGAGACCGUCGGAUAUACUGUCUUCCUGGUUGUGGAAGGGAGCUCGUGCCAAGGGCAGUGCCCCACUUCUGCCAAAUCUGCCCUGAACCUUUUGGGCUCCUUGAUGGCCAAAGAGAUUUUGUCAUCCUUGAUCCCACACCGAGUGGUAGCAGCCUGGCUUGAAGUUAUAGAAAACGAUUCCCAGCCCUCCGUCUCCCAUUUCUCUGGGCCCCUCAUUUAUUGCGUGGGUGUUGGGGCACUCGUGCUAGCUCUGGUGAUCUUUAUCGGGGUGUGGAGAAUCCGUCGACCUCAACAUCGGGAGCACGGAUCGCUUUGGCUCCCGCCAGGAUUUGCACCCCGCCAAGGCAAGAAGCGUCGCUGUCGGAGAGAUCCUGUGGGUGAAGAUGCGAUCAGACUGAAGCCAACAAAACUCAGUACUGAGUUUGCAGAAGAUCAUGAUAUCUUCUCCAGCCCCCAUUUUGAUGGGCCUUUGAACUCCAAAGAUAUACAGGAGGAUCUCGAUUCCGUCCCUAUCUCAGAUCAAGACCACGUGACACCGAAGACACAGAUGUCGGGGAACGUCACAGUCCCAAGACUGGGGAAGGAUACCAGGCCAAAAGCAGCCAGAAAUCAAGAGCCAGUUUGUGGUCUGACUCCACCAAUGUCCUUGGCUCGUUCUUCCGGGUUGAAGGUGGAGAGUUCUUGGACAGACAAGCAAACGGAGAACUUUGGAGAAACCCCUCUCCACUUAGCAGCUCGAUACUCUCGCGCAGAUGCUGCCCGCAGACUCCUGACAGCUGAAGCCGAUGUUAAUGCCCGGGACCAAUGGGGACGAACUCCCUUGCACAGUGCCAUAGCAGCUGAUGCUCUGGGCGUGUUCCAGAUCCUUCUCCGUCAGAGGCAGACAGACCUGGAUGCUUCGGCAGAUGACGGCACCACCCCUCUCAUUCUCGCCACACGGCUCGGGGUCGAAAAUAUGGUGGAAGAACUGGUGGCCAACCAUGCGGACAUCCAUGCCAUAGAUAAGAGAGGGAAGAAUGCUCUCCACUGGGCUGCCGCAGUCAACAACGUCCGGGCCUCCCUCAUUCUGCUCAGGAACGGAGCUGACAAGGACCUUUUAGACAAUCAGGCCCAGACCCCUCUGUUCCUGGCUGCCCGUGAGGGAAGCUAUCAAGUGGCCUGUCUUCUCCUACAACACGGGGCCAAGCCGAACCUACGGAACCAUUCAGGUCGCCUCCCCAAAGACGUGGCCCUGGAGCGUUUGCACCACGACAUCCUCUCUCUCCUGGACAGAUCCUGCCUCCCUCCUGGGACUGGCCAGCUUUCCCCACACAGGCCUCGCCCACAGCCUUCCUCCAAAUUGCACAGGUGGCCAUACCCGCCCAAGCCUUCCCAGCUAGCUCCAGUUCCAGAGAACGAGGGACCUUUUAAGGAGGCUACCCCACCAGAAGAGGCCAUGGGGCAGGCGGUGGAGUGAAUCCUCACCCCCUGCGUGAGGACCCCUGUGGGUCAGCAAUGACAGCUUUGGCCAAGGACAUAGCUUUCCCCAGCGAAAUUUGCAGGACGGUGGCUGGGAUUGGUGGAGUAUCCAAGGGCAGUGUGGAGAAAUGAAGACAUUCCAGCAAGUGACCUCAAAAGAGCUCCAGAUGUUUCUGCUGUCACAUGGGAUGCAACAUGGCUUGGAUCCUAAGGUCAUCUUACAAAACCCGAUGCGUAUAGAGCGCAGGUCAUCCCACCUUGUUAGAUCUUCCCCAGAACAUCUUCCAGAUGUGUUGCCCUGGCAAGUAGGAUUUCAGCCCAUCUGGCAGGGAGAAUGGAAAAGACCAUCGUACAGCCAUUGAUUUGAGA